CAGAAGGAAGAUGCUCCAGACCAGUAACUAUAGCCUGGUGCUCUCCCUGCAGUUCCUGCUGCUGUCCUAUGACCUCUUUGUCAAUUCCUUCUCGGAGCUACUCCGAAUGGCUCCCGUCAUACAGCUGGUGCUCUUCAUAAAUAUUGUCUUACGGUGCCAUGAAAGAGGGUUACAAAAUGUCAAGUAGGGCUUCCCUGGUGGCGCAGUGGUUGAGAGUCCGCCUGCUGAUGCAGGGGACGCGGGUUCGUGCCCCAGUCCGGGAAGAUCCCACAUGCCGCAGAGCGGCUGGGCCCGUGAGCCGUGGCCGCUGAGCCUGCGCGUCUGGAGCCUGUGCUCCACAACGGGAGAGACCACAAUAGUGAGAGGCCCGCAUACUGCAAAAAAAAAAAAAAAAAAAAAAAAAGGUAAUUUCAAAUAGUAAUAAAUGUUAUACAAUGGAUAUAAAGUACCUGGGGUGGGGAGGGAAAGGCUACUUUAGGUAGUGGGGUGAAAGAAAAGUCUUUUUGAAGAGGGGACAUUUGCACUGAGACAUGAGACGUGAAUGGCACUAAGGCAGCCAGGCAUGCACAGAUGAGGGAAGGUGCAUUGCUGUCUUGCUAGAGGAAAACGUCUGACAGGACCAGGUUAUGUGACAGACAGGGCUGGCAUUUUCUGGAUACAGGGAGGAAACUAGCUGCUUCUCACAGGUGCCUGGGAGCUUUGUUGAGUGGGGAGUGUCAGCAGGAAAGCCUUGUCCAUAGACUGCCACUCAACUGAUGGGGCCAGCGGGUAGUUUUAGCUUCGUGUCAUUUGGGGUCCAAAACCCAAACUACCUCUGGGGGGGUUUCAGCGGACUAUAUAUAACAAGGAAGGACAGACUCCAUGGUGUCCCUUAGGACUCAGGGCUGGCUCUUGGGUCCUCCCCAGGCCUCCAUUUGGCCGUCCUUUUGUUUUCUGUGUCUGCAGCAUCCAGGAUAUUGCAGUCCUCUUCAACAUCAUCAUCAUUUUCCUCAUGUUCUUCAACACCUUCGUCUUCCAGGCUGGCCUCGUCAACCUCCUCUUCCAUAAGUUCAAAGGGACCAUCAUCCUGACAGCUGUGUACUUCACCCUCAGCAUCUCCCUUCAUGUCUGGGUCAUGAACUUACGCUGGAAAAACUCCAACCGCUUUGUCUGGACAGAUGGACUUCAAACGUUAUUUGUAUUCCAGAGACUAGCGGCAGUGUUAUACUGUUACUUCUACAAACAGACAGCUGUGAGACUGGGUGAUCCUCGCUUCUAUCAGGACUCCUUAUGGCUGCGCAAGGAGUUCAUGCAAGUCCGAAGGUGACCGCUUCUUGUCACACUGAUGGAUGCCUUUCCUUCCUGACAGAAGCCACAUUUGGGGCUCUGCAGAGGGGAUGGUCAGCCCUGUGCACUAGGAAGCAGCUUGACAUUUCUAGGACAGGCCCAGGCCAGUUGUGUUCAGCAGUUGAGAAGGAAGAUCCUCCCUCUAGCAAAUGAAAGUGUUCCCUAAUACAGACUCCCGUACAUCAUCCCUUCCCGGCCUCCUGCCGCAGUUCUGCCCCCUUUCCUUUCCUGUUCUCUACCCCUCUUCCUCACAGAGGGCUCUGUGGCUUUAUCCUGGGGAAGCUUUCCACUGAGCCCAGUACAGGAGGAACUCCCAGCCCCUGUUCCAUUUGCACUACACACUGAUGACUGAAGGAUGCAAAGAGUGACUUUUCUGGGCUCCUGACUGAUCACACCUCAGACAUUUAGAUUUUAUACCCAAGGUACUUUUUCUACAUUUUAUAAAUAGGAAGUAAAUUCUUUACCAUAAAUGAUGGCCUCUCUGCCUCGCUAGAUCUCUUCGUGGUUAAGAGACAUGCCAAGUCCUAGCCUUAGCAUCUACUUGGUCCAGUGGCAGAUGGAGCCACAGAGCAAAUACGGAUAUUUACUGAAUCCCACUGUGAGGACAAGGUGAAAUUCGGGAUGUAAUUUGAUGCCCCACCCCCAUCCCUGGUGUUCCAGACUUCUGUGUUUUAUUCAGUCUCUCCCCCUGUCAGAGCCCUAAAUUGCCUUCAGAAGAGUAAAAAGGUUCCCUAGACUCUUUUGGCAAAAGAAAAGUUUGUGUGCCCAUAGUAUCAGUUUUCUACUGCCAGAAUAAUGUUGUGUAACAGACCCAGCACCAACCUUCAGUGGCAUGUAACAAUAAACAGUUCCAUGGCUCUUGAGUCUUGGGGUUCAGCUGA